AUGACCAUGAACGAUUAUGCAUCCGACAGUGCGACGUGGGACUUCAACUCCUGGGUACCGGCGUCGUCACACUGCGAGAUGGACGCCUUCUCGGCAGCAGCAUACUAUGAGGAGUGGAACCUGGAAGACAUACCUCAGCUUGUGGCUGUGAGUAGCCACGGCGCCAGCUCCAUGAACACCAACAGCCCGAAAAACAGCUCUAGCGGUGCCUCCGACGCGUCAGAGGGCGUCCACAGCUGCCUGGCGCAAGCGGCUGCCAUCCUCGUCGAUAUCCGGAAUGACAGCUCGUCGUCCGACAUGAAUUGGGCUGCCGCCAACGUCGAUGCGAAGACCAUAGUGGGCGAUGUUAUCUUCGCAAACCGAAGGGCUACGGGCCAGUUGUCGAGAAUCAUGGAGUGUGCAUGCCUAGCGGCAGAUUAUCAAAUCUCCGUCGUGGUGUCCUUGAUCUGCUUCCACAUGAUUGACAGGUACGGCAAGGCAGUGGCUGCCGCAAGGGCGACUUUGGGGGGGAGUCAGCUGGGAAACAAUCAUGUCAUUGGCUCUGUGCAGAUUCUUCUGGACGAGCUACGUCGGAUAAUACCUUUGAUUGGAAAAUCAACGACGCGGGUUGGGGAGCCUCCCGGAUCAGCAGGGGCCAUGGGAAUUCCGGUGUCCGGUUUCGACCAGCUACAAAGAGAUCUGGAGCACCACUUGUUCGCCGCAUUGGGAGACGCGGAGAGUUUCUUGCAUCAAGCAUCAGAGUGA